UUUUGCGAACAAACUUCAUCCCUUCAUUUCACUUGAGGAUCACUAUCCAGGUGGAUUACUCCAUACUAUAUCUUAUCUUCAUUCACGGUGCCUUUGACGAAACACCUGAAGCGUUUAAAAUGUUAGGCUCUUCGAUCAACGAGCAUUAUGUCCGCUUAUCUGAGGACGUCACAACAUUUGAGCCCAUGGAUCAAAUCAACGGUGUGUUUUUUGACCCCCCAAAGCAACAGCUUUUCUCUGUUAAAGCUAGAGGCGCAAUGGGCGUCACCGUGAAGAACCCUAAUCACAGCGAAACCUUAAACUUUUGUAUUGAAGAUCGGGGGGAAGUAUUGUGCAUCAAAUUUUCCACUGGGAACAAAGUACUCGGCAUUCAGCGUAAAUCGAAUUCUGUGGAUUUUCUCAACUUUGUUGAUGGCGUUCCCGACGGUGGUGAAUAUAGCCAACAAUGCAAGGGGAAGUCGGCUCACUUGCUCGGAUUUGUGUGGUGUGUCUCCUUAGAGGUCCUAUUUGUUACGUCGGAGCAACUGGAAUUGUACCAGGUCUUCCCUUCCAAAGGCAAUCUGCGCCUGCUCAAACAAAUCGCUUUGUCGUCCUGUUGGUUCGCGUGGGAUUUCGCGAGCCAUAUCAUCGUCUGUUGUACCGGAGGUUCAACGGUCCUGUGCCAAGCGUUUCAACUGGGCUCAUCCAACUCAAUAAGCAAGCUUGGCAAAUUCGAAUUACCCACUGGACCUGCCAUUAACUCUCCUGAGAUUACAGCGUUUUUACAAAAUCACUGCCUAUUGACAACUGUUUACGGUCAUCCCUACUUCUUCCUCGUGUCGAGGGAUGCGGAGUCGAGUGCACGGGGCGAGACAACAACUGUGGUAAAUAUGUACCGAAUAUAUAAUGACGGGUCCACUGACUUGACUGAUAUUCUGCUCGUGAAUUCUGACGGGCCCAUUGCGAUAAACUUGGUUGAUAACCUCAUCCUAGUCCACACCCAGCCCGAAAGGACAGACUGCGUGUUUGACAUUGCAUUGGCUUAUCGGGUUCAAAAUAAAACGAUUCGACACCAUCCCGUGGUCUACCCGAAAUCGAUUGCUCCCCUCAUUUUGGCCUCGAGUUCCGUUCCUCUACUGGUUUCCAACGUUGGCGAUACGAUUCCCGUGGAGUUAUAUUCCGCCGAUUGGGUUACGAAUUUACCUAACGUCGUCAUUGAUGGCCGUUUGGGUUGUUUGUGGACCCUGCAAGUCGACAUCGAUGUGCUUUGGAGGCUAAUCGAGAAACGAAUGGACGUUGUUGAUCUUUUGCUAAGUCGAGCUAAUGGAAAGCAGUGUAUACUAGAAUAUUGCCGCGAAUUGGCACUUGAAUCGAUUGAGGAUGCCGCACGCUACGAUUCAGUCCCUAGUAAUGACUACACCUUCUGCGGUACUGGUUUGGCGGCUCGUUUGGACGAUUUUGCCUACGUCUUCAAGCGACUCGCAGAAGUAUCCCGUCGGUCUCAAAGAACAGGGUCUUACGCCUGCGCCGUUCCCUCUGAGGAAACAAAUGAUGAAUCCGUCCCACCAGUCUCUGUCCCGAAGCAAUCUUCAGUCCCCGAUGAGGAGCCAUCCAUCCUUUCAAAACCUCACCGACCUUUCACAGUUCAGCAAAGUGAGGUGUAUACCAAUGUGUUCCUAGUGGCUCAGGGCAUCGAGGACAAACACGUUCGCUCUUUUUUCUACGCGGUUCUAGUCGAAUACAUGAGGUCGCUUAUGGAAUGCGAUAUUCCCAUCGAACAUACCUUUCAAGAACUACUCGUCAGUCUUCUUGCUCGUUUGGAACAAUGCUCACAGCUAAGUUACUGCAUACAAAAUCGUUUCCUAUCCGAUUCGAAACCCAUCGCCUUGCAGUUACUUGCAUUGGAGCCUACGUAUCCCGCUGCCGUUCAGCUGGCCAUCGAUAUGUUAAAGAGACUGAAAUUUUGCGAUGAGGAGAUCGUGGAGGUUCUGAUGCUCAAAAACCAUUUGAUUGAAACACUCAGGUUUUGUCAAAUGCGCCCAGGGUUUGUUCAGCAGUUAACCGGACUCCCCAAGCGUCUUCUUUUGUUGGCUGAACAGUCCGGUGAUCGCUCCGCAUUUUACAACACUUUUCGCUUCUUCUACCAGAUGGGAACCAACAACCCGACUUCUGUCGAAGAUCCGGAGUAUACUGCCUUGGCUGAAAAAUUCAACACGAUGUUCGGUGUAUCAGCGUGUUGAUGGGAGGAAAGAGACCACGCAUCCGGGACAAGCUGUCUUACGUUCUCAUGUCUUUCAUUCACGCACACACACACACACACGAUACGCGUUGUCGUGCACUUCGCUCUCCACGUGCUCGUUGUUGUUGUACUGUGGUGGCGGAUCGAUUCGCCAUGUGUACACCACAUUUGUGACUCCGCAGUUCACUCACUGUUUUAUCUCUUUUCGGCACCCUUCCCUCAUGUGUGUGCUAUUUUUCUCUGCCAUCAUCAUGUGUCUUUUACCGUACUCUGAUGAACGAGUGAUCUAAUUGGUUUCUCGUCGGUCGGUCGAUCGGCUGAGGCCUGUCUCACGUACUCUUCUCGUAUCCGAUGCCGGUACUAUGGUAUUUGGUAGCCAGCGUUUCUGCACUAUACACCACUCCACAACCGGCUGUUCUUCAUUAGGAUGCAGCACACUACACCGUCUUAGCAUAACUACUUCUUUGUCUUAGUUGCACUGUACAUCCUCUGCUCUAGUCUACUUGGUCCCUACCGUUAGUACUGCUGGUCACCAGCAGUGGCAUUUCAUCGACAUUCUAUACUGUUACUUCUCUACCGCGCAAACACCAUGGCUCUAUCGAGAUGAGAGGGUGUUCAUUGGGG